AUGAAACUUGGGAGGUUGUAUGCCGAAGAGGGCUCAGGCUACCCCCUUCUCCUCUUCACCAACGGAGAAGCAGACGUCAACGCCGGCCAAGGAUGGGCCCGGCUCAAGGACCACUACGCUUCGCAGGACCGCCUCCGCAUCGCAGAGCUCAAGGAGGCGCAGCUUCACGUCCCCUGCGGCAACCUCGCCCGCUUCUUCGAGCGACACAUGGAGCUGCAGCAGCAGUUGCAAGACGCAGGCGUGCGCCAGGACAACGAGGACCUCUUCACCAUCGUCUGGAAGCAGCUGCCACGCUGGACAGCCCCGCUCACGCUUCCCUACUUUGCCAGUGGCCGCUUUCCCUCCCUCCUCGAGCUCAGCAUCAGGCUGCAGCAGCUGGAGCAGCAGAUGCGUGGUUCACGCACACAGCCGCAGGCAGGCGGCUUCAUGGCAAGCGCACCGCCACGCAGAGGUGGAAGACGCGGCUUCUCCAACAACAGCAACAACCACGGACGCCAGGGACGCAACAAUGGCAACAGCAACGGCAACAGCAACGGCAAAGGGCGCCGCUUCCGUGGCAACUGUCACUACUGUGGCAAGUAUGGACACCGUGCAGCAGAGUGUCGCAAGAAGCAACGCGACAACGGAGCAACAGGCUUCACUGCACAGACACAGCAUCAACAUGAUCAAGGCGCAGCAACCUUCGUCGCUGCCACAGCUACUACACCCACGCAGCUGCAUGACCCACUCACGUGGCUUGCAGACACGGGUGCUUCACACCACCUCACCUUCGUCAAGGACGCCUUCGUGGAGCUGACACCGCACCUGCAACAGCACCAUCCACGCCACAUCACUGCGUUUGGCGGCACACGUGUGCCUGUGCGCGGUGUUGGCUCUGUGCUGUUGCAUGCACGCACGACGAGCGGAGCUACGAUGCAGAUUGUGCUACAGGAGUGCCUCUACGUGCCCGAGGGCCAGGCCAACCUCAUCGCCCUCGGUCGUCUGACCAGGGACAGCAGCGGCAGGCCAACGGGCCACUCGCAGCGUGAUGGCGCUGAUGGGCACUACGUGCGCUUCAGCCACGGAGCCGAGGUCAAGCUGAAGGAGCGCAACAGCCUCCGGUGCUGGCCCAUUGUUGCUGUUGGUCCAUCCACGGCACACGGACUCACCGCUGAUGCCUGCAAGCAACCACAGCAACCCACAGCAGCUCCUGCAGCCCAGAGCAAGGCACACACACCAUCGAUGCAUGAGGUGCUUGGCCACCGCAACGACAACGACGUGCAGCAGUACUGCAAGCUGAUGGGCAUCGACGAUCGCAACGCCAUCAGCAGCAAGCAGUGUACAACGUGCGCAGUGACCAAGAGCACUCGUCACAGCGUCAGCAAGCACGCGGAGCGCACACAGGUGCCCGGCGAGCGCAUCCACGCCGACAUCGUCGACUGGACCGCGGACUCACCCACGGGCAAGCGCUGCAGCCUCGUCAUCGUCGAUGAGGGCAGUAAGCUCUUACAUGCAGUCCACCUCAACGCCAAGAAGGACGCAGUUGCCGCGUUCCAGUCUUUCCUGCGCGAGACCAAGCUCCCCAUCUCGCCCACAACAACAGCACUCCAGACGGAUUCCGAUGCCAUCUUCCUCGGAGCUGACUUCCAGGCCAUCGUCAAGAAGCACCUGAAGCAGCACCAGCAGUCCCCGCCGUACACCCAGGCGCAGAACGGCAUCGUCGAGCGACAGGUGCGCACCCUCUCCGACAUGGUGCGAGCCAUGAUCACGGGUGCAGGCCUUGACGCAUCGUACUGGAGUCUCGCCUGCAACCACGCCCUGCACAUCCUCAACAACAUGCCUCGCCCUUCCCUCCACGGCAAGACACCGCUGCAGAUUGUCACGGGCUCGCUGCCCAAGCACGUGCCGCAGCUGCACGUCUUCGGGCAGCCGGCCGUCGUCCACAUCAGCACACAGCGCGGUCGCCUGCAGCCCAAGGGUCGUCGAGGCAUCUACGUCGGCUACAACAGCAGCAGCAACAGCCACCUCGUCUACUUUGAAGACACAAACACCGUUGUGUCCUCCAUCCACGUCCGCUUCCUUCCCUUCUCCAAGGCCGCUGAUGUCGUGGAUGAGGGGGAGGAGCAAGUGCAGACAUCCACGACAUCGUCCAUGCUCCAGCUUCCCAGUGCACGUGACAGCAGCAACAGCACCACUGACGGCGAGCCACCAACGGUUCACAUCGACGAGGAGCAGGACGAUGAUGUCGAGACAGACUUCCUGCUCACGGACUUUGACGCCAACAGCAGCAGCGACACCAAGGACGCCAACUACGAUCCAGACACAACAGAUGCAAGCGACACCGAGGCAGGCGCGUUCACAGCAAGCAGCAGUGGCGACACCAGCCUCACGGAGCCUGCAAGCAUCAAGCAGGCACUCAAGAGCCAGCAACGCAAGCAGUGGACUCAGGCAUGCUUGGAGGAGAUCGGAGCGAUGGAGCGCAACGGCGUCAUCAAGCUCAUCCCACGCAGCGCAGUGCCACGGCAGCACACGCCUCUCAAGUCGCGCUUCGUCUUCAAGGUGAAGCGUGAUGCUGAGGGCGCGCCGACGCGCUUCAAGGCACGCUGGGUCGCCAAGGGCUUCAGCCAGCGACCGGGCAUCGACUUCGACCAGACCUACGCCCCAACACCAGCAGCCAAGACCAUCCUCACCGUGCUCGCCGUCUCCCUGCAACGACAGCACCAGCUGCACCAGCUCGACUUCAAGUCGGCUUACCUGCAGGCUGAUCUCAAGGAGGAGCUGUACAUGGAGCUGCCGCCGCACUUCACCGACAUCGGCGACGGCGCUCAACGCUACGCGGGCAAGGUGUGCCGGCUGCUCAAGCCGCUCUACGGCCUCAAGCAAGCUGGCCGUGCAUGGGCCAAGAAGCUGCAUACCUUCCUCAAGACCAACGGAUGGGCGCAGAGCCACGUCGACGCUUGCCUCUUCACCAAGCUCCACGACGACGGACAGCGCACAUGGAUCAUCACGUACGUCGACGACCUCAUCAUCAGCGGCAGCAGCGAGCGCCACAUCCGUGCCUGCAAGCAGCAGAUCAAGGAGAGCUUCGAGGCAGAGGACCUGGGCCCGCUCACCUGGUACCUGGGUCUUCACCUGACGUCACCAGCUGACGGGGUGUUACACAUUGCGCAGACACAGGCCAUCAACGACAUCGUCAACGACUACAACCUGGCAGCCGCAGCCAGCGUGUCCACGCCCAUGCGUGUUGGCAUCGACGCCUCCAGCAUCAGCGAGCAGCCCGACCGACGCCUGCCUUUCCGCAACCUCGUCGGCUCGCUGUUGUACCUGGCCAACCGCACGAGACCAGACGUCAGCUUCGCGUGCGGGCUGCUCUGCCGUUACAUGGACCGUUACACGACGGUCCACUGGCAGGCAGCCAAGCACGUCGUGCGGUACCUGAAGGCGACGAGCGAGCACGGCCUGCUCUUCAAGCGACGCAGCGGCACGCGCAAGGACCAGCCGCUGGACCUUGUGUGCUACAGCGAUGCCAGCUUCGGCACAGACCAGCUGACGGGCCGCUCCACGACGGGCUUUACCUGCUACAUCAACGGCUGUCUUGUGUCUUGGAGCAGCCGGCUGCAACCCACGGUUGCGCUGAGCACCGCCGAGGCCGAGUACAUGGCCAUCUCUGCUGCAGCGCAGGACGUCGUCUUCCUGCGGCAGCUGCUCAUGGACCUCGACGAGCCCGAGGCUGGAGCCACCAAGAUGCUGACAGAUAACCAGGCGGCCAUCGCCAUCGGCAACGACCACGUCACCAAGCCGCGCACGAAGCACAUCCGGGUACGCCACCACUUCGUGCGGGAGCUCAUCGCCGACGGAACCAUUGUGCUGCAGCACUGUCCCGGCACGCAGAUGGUUGCCGACGCGCUGACCAAGGCACUGGACAAGCAGACCUUCGAGCAGCACCUUCCACGACUGGUGGGAACCUCGACGGCUGAGACGGAGCAGAGGAAGGCAGUUGAGGGGGAGUGUUGA